CAAAUAUCACAAAUGGUCAUUUAUGUCCUAUGAUAUAUGUUUUUAGUUAUGUGUUCAAAUAUCAUAAUUUUCGGUUACUGUUACAACUUUUUAUCAAAUGUUAAUCAUAAAUGAUCUCGGGUUGUCUAGGAGCAUUAUUAAUUUCAGUUCUUAUAGUUCAUACAUUGAGUAAUACCGUAGAUUUCCGAGUAAACAACUUCAAUAAUAUAUUUAGAGAUAUUGUCAUGGAAAAUAAAAAAAACUUUAACAACACGUUUCCUGAUGUUCUUAAAUUUUGUUCUUUAAGAAUAGUUGGUGGUACUAGGGUGUCAAUUAAAGAAAUUCCUUAUCAAGUAGUAAUCAGAAAAAGUUCAAUUAGUGGAAACUACUGGACAGCGUUUUGUGGAGGUUCCCUGGUCACACUGAAACAUGUGCUCACGGCAGCUCACUGUUUUAUGAAACUCAGGUCACAAUCUAGUCUAAAUAAGAUAGUGGUGGUCGCAGGAACAUCACUAUCAAGUGCUAGUACAAUGUAUAUGUCGUCUUAUGAACAAUUUAGAAGAAUACUCCGGUAUUACCAGCACAUUAAUUUUACUCUUAUCUAUAUAAAGCACGAUAUUGGCGUAGUCGAAGUGAUAAGAAGUUUCUAUGCUGCCAGUAAUGUGAAGCCUAUACGAAUACAUUCGCCGGAACUAAAUCUGAAGCUGAACAACGGCCUCCAAUGUUUAGUGUCAGGAUAUGGUUAUGUCGAAGACAAUAAACGAUCUCCAUUUUUGAGAAUGGUGUGCGUCCCUAUAAUAUCACAUGAUAACUGUAAAAGAAUGUUCGAUGAAAAAUACUUGCACCCUUCGACAGUGUGUGCCGGUGCUUUCCAAAAGGACAGCUGCACAGUAUGGUGAUUCUGGAGGGCCUUUAAUGUGCGAAGGAUAUCUCUCUGGUAUAGUGUCAUGGGGGGGCAACUGCGGCCA